CACAGCCCCGAGCCGGCGGCGCCAGCGCGGAGGGAUGCGGGGCGGGCCCGGGCGCCGCGGGAGCGCCCUGUCGCCGACGUGAGCCGCCCGCCACAGCUCCCAGCGUCCUGGAAGCCCGGCCCGCCGCCGAGGGGACCGGCACCCGCUGCUCCCUGCGGGCGUCCCCCGGGCUUCCGGGGAGGUCGCGGCCGCUGCAGCCUCGGAGCCGGCGCGGCGGGCCGCCAGCCCCGUAGCCCCGGGGCGCCCGGCGGGGAGAAGACGCGGCUGGAAGCGGGGGUCCGCGGGGGAGGAAGCGCCCGCCGCCCGCCGGCUCCCACGCCCCGGCCGCCCCGGGCCCGGAGCCCCGGGAGGAAGCGGCCGCGGCGCCGCAGCAGGAGGCGGGGGCGAGCCGGAGGCUGAGGCGGCUGCUGGGCUCCGGGGAUCCGGCCCCCACGCCCCCACCCCCGGCACCAUGUCGGCGGCGCAGGUGUCGUCGUCCCGGAGACAGUCCUGCUACCUGUGCGACCUGCCCCGCAUGCCCUGGGCCAUGAUCUGGGACUUCUCGGAGCCCGUGUGCCGCGGCUGCGUCAACUAUGAGGGCGCCGACCGCAUCGAGUUCGUCAUCGAGACGGCGCGGCAGCUCAAGCGGGCGCACGGCUGCUUCCAGGACGGCCGCUCCCCGGGGCCGCCGGCCGUGGGCGUCAAGGCGGUGGCGCUGGCGGCCAAGGAGGCGGCGGCGGCCAGCGCGCAGCAGCAGCAACAGCAGCAGCAGCUCAACCACGUCGACGGCCCUGGGAAGCCCGCGGUGCUGGCGGCCCCCGCCGGCCUGGAGCGCUACGGCCUGGGCGCCGCCGCCGCCGCCGAGCCGCGCAGCCGCUUCGAUUACCCGGCGCCGCCGAGCGGCCUGGGGGGCGCCCCGCACCCCGCGCGGCUGCCCAACGGCCUGGGCGGUCCCAACGGCUUCCCCAAACCCGCGGCUGACGAGGGGCCCCCGGAGCUGAACCGCCAGAGCCCCAACUCCUCUGCAGCCGCCGCGGCGUCCGUGGCCUCCCGGCGCGGGCUGGUGGCUGGGCUGCCCGCCCCGGGCGCGGGGGGCGCCCCGCAGCUCGCCGUGCCCCCCAACCUGCUGCCGCAGACGCUGCUCAACGGCCCGGCCGGCGCCGCCGUGCUGCCGCCGCCGCCCCACGGGCUGUCCGGCCGGGGCCCCCCCACGCCCGCGCCCCCCGGAGCCCCCGGCGGCCCCGCCUGUCUCGGCGGCGCGUCGGGGGUGGCGGCCGCGCCCGCGGCGGCCUCGGCGGCGGCGGCCUCGGCCGAGGGGGCGGCCGGCGCGGCCAAGCGGCCUGGCUCGGUGUCCAGCGGCGACCAGGAGCGGGAGCUGAAGGAGAAGCAGCGCAACGCCGAGGCGCUGGCCGAGCUGAGCGAGAGCCUCCGCAACCGCGCCGAGGAGUGGGCCAGCAAGCCCAAGAUGGUGCGGGACACGCUGCUCACGCUGGCUGGCUGCACGCCCUACGAGGUGCGCUUCAAGAAGGACCACUCGCUGCUCGGCCGCGUGUUCGCCUUCGACGCCGUGUCCAAGCCGGGCCUGGACUACGAGCUGAAGCUGUUCAUCGAGUACCCCACCGGCUCGGGCAACGUGUACUCCAGCGCGUCCGGCGUGGCCAAGCAGAUGUACCAGGACUGCAUGAAGGACUUCGGCCGCGGCCUGUCUUCGGGCUUCAAGUACCUGGAGUACGAGAAGAAGCACGGCUCCGGCGACUGGCGGCUGCUGGGCGACCUGCUGCCCGAGGCCGUGCGCUUCUUCAAGGAGGGCGUGCCCGGCGCCGACAUGCUGCCCCAGCCCUACCUGGACGCCAGCUGCCCCAUGCUGCCCACCGCGCUGGUCGGCCUGGGCCGCGCCCCCAGCGCGCCCCCCGGCCCGGGCCCCGGCGCCCUGCCGCCCGCCGCGCCCUCCAGCCGCGCCGCCGCCGCCAGCCUGCGCAAGCGGAAGGCGUCCCCCGAGCCCCCCGACUCGGCCGACGGCGCCCUGAAGCUGGGCGACGAGCAGCAGCGCCAGCAGCAGUGGAUGGCCAACCAGAGCGAGGCCCUGAAGCUCACCAUGUCGGCCGGCGCCUUCGCGGCCGGGGCGCCGCCCCCGCCGCCGCCGCCGCCGCCGCCGCCGCCGCCGCCCCUGGGCCCGCACUCCAACCGGACCACCCCGCCUGAGUCGGCGCCCCAGAACGGGCCGUCGCCCAUGGCCGCGCUCAUGUCAGUGGCCGACGCGCUGGGCACCGCGCACUCGCCCAAGGACGGCGGCGCCGUGCACACCACCCCCGCGCCCGCGCGCCGCAACAGCGCCAGCCCCGGCUCGCCCGCUUCGGUGCCCGGCCCGCGCCGCCUGGCUGCGCGCAACGGGGACCUGAGCUUGCAGGUGGCGCCGCCGCCGCCGCCGCCGCCGCCCAGCGGCCACCCGGGCCUGGACCAAGUGCACCCGCAGAACAUUCCGGACUCGCCCAUGGCCAACAGCGGGCCCCUGUGCUGUACCAUCUGCCACGAACGCUUGGAGGACACGCACUUCGUGCAGUGCCCGUCGGUGCCCAGCCACAAGUUCUGCUUCCCCUGCUCCCGGGAGAGCAUCAAGGCGCAGGGGGCCACCGGCGAGGUGUACUGCCCCAGCGGGGAGAAGUGCCCCCUCGUCGGCUCGAACGUACCGUGGGCCUUCAUGCAGGGUGAGAUCGCCACGAUCUUAGCCGGGGAUGUCAAAGUGAAAAAGGAGAGAGACCCUUGAGCCCCAGCUCCGCCGCCUGGGGGGGCGCCCCAGACCAGCCCCUCGCAGACCCCCGAGAUGUAGAAUUGUGAAUACGACAAGACUGCACAAAGUCAGUCUCCUGUAUAGACAUUAUUUUCGUCGUCCGUUUCUAUAUUUUGAAACACAAGGUAUGUAAGUUCUUGGUCCGAAGGAUCGAUUGGUUUGUGUUAAGCGGUGUCCUGGGCUCGCUGGCCGGAGAGGUCUUUGGUGGCGCGCUGUUUGCCUUGGUACAGAACGGCCCUUCGCAGCCGCGCCGCCGCCCCGCCGCUGUGUAUUUUUGUAAAUGGUAUAUGCCCGCUCCGCAAGGAACAGACACACAAAAGAAGACGUUUUUUAUUUUGGUUUUUCUGUUUUUGUUUUGUUUUGUUCGCCAAGGCCAGGCCUCCAGACAAAACCCACCCUACUAUCCGACGGUGAAAGUGUCACCUUGUUUUUGUUUUUUCCUGUUCUGUUUGCAAAAAAGAAAAAAAAAGUCAAGGGGUGUUGGGGGGCGGGGCGUUUCUGUUGCAAGUUCGUGAGGGAGAGCUGUUUGGGUUUGUGUUAGUUUUGUUUUGGGGGCUUGUUCCUCUCCCCAGCUGAGUGUGUCGGAUCCCCACCUGUCGUUUUCUUUCUUGCUUUUCUUGAUGCACGGAUGCUUUCUGAACAGUAGAGCGAAAAACGCUAGACAUGGAGAACCUGCUCUGUUUGUCCUUUAUACAUUUCUGUAGUUUAACAGAACACUGUAAUGUGCCUUGGAGCUUAGUAACUUGUAAUAAAUUCAAUUGAUAUUAA